UCUGAUCCUCGGGGCCUCUUAAAGAGGCCGCCAUAGAACCCGUGGCGCUGUGACCGUGACGCCAUGGCAGACGCCUUGGCGAGUCUUGGCCAAGGCUCUUCCAAUGCCAGUGUGGCGAAGAUCGCGAUUGAGCAGCGGAAGAAGAAGGCUGAAGUCGUGGAGCCGGCCGUGAUCAGCGAAGAGCUCCUGAUCGAGGGCGUCGAGGAGCCAAUCCGCCCGGACGGAGAUUCGUGGGAGCCCAUCGACUUCCCUCAGGUCACCUCCUUGAGGUUAUCCUUCAAGAACAUUAUCGAGAUCUCCAACUUGAACAACUUUGAUUCGCUGCUCACCCUUCGGCUUGACAAUAAUAUCAUUGACAAGAUCGCAAACCUCGGGCAUCUGAAGCAGUUGACAUGGCUCGACCUCUCCUUCAACAACAUUCGAGAAAUCGAAGGCCUGGGAGAGUUACAUGAACUUCUGGACCUGUCGCUGUACCACAAUCAGAUCGAAGAGAUCCGAGAUCGUUUGGACGGCUGUUCCAAGCUCAACAUCUUGUCGCUGGGGCACAACAACAUCUCGGAUUUGAGACAGAUCGAUUACUUGCGCCAGUUCCAGAACUUGCGUUGUCUUUGCAUGGAUGCCAACAAGAUUUGCAGCGUGGAGUCCUACAAUCAGCACGUGUUGGCAUACUUGCCACACCUGAAGUACCUGGACUAUAUGCUGAUCGACCGCAAGGCGGUGGCUCAAGCACAAGAAGGCUACGAUUUGGAAGGCAUCACUGAGGUGAGAGAGAAGGAGCAAGCAGAACAGGCCAAGCAGAAGGCCUUGGCAGAAAAGCAGGCUGUCAUCGAGAAGCUGAAGACAUCAUUCCUGGACUGCACUGAAAACCUCUUCGAGGAGAUGUUCUCCAAGGAGGUGGAACCUGAUAACGUCCUGGCGCUGUCCUGUUACCCAGGCCUAAAGGAGGAUUAUCGCGACAAGCUCUCCGAAGAGAUCAAGGGCUUACGCUCCCGGAUGGAGGAGAAGAACGAGGUUCGACUGCGCAAAGUCACUGCCUUUGAGAAGGCGGUCUAUGCAGCGGAAACGGAGAGUGAGGAGGAGGCCUUCCAAUCCAUCAGAGACUUCAAGAGCUUGAAAAAGAAAGUCCUGUCGCAGAUCGACCGCGAGGAUAGCGACCGGCUGCGAUCAGAAGUGGACGAAUUGGUGAAGCAACUGGUGGAUCAACUCACAGGGCUGGAGAACCACCUGAUGGCAAAUGAGAUCCAGGUGCAGGAAAGUAUUGAGGAAGCGCUGUCGGAUUUUGAAGCCAAGAUCAGCGACCUGGUGAAGGGCAUGCUGGACAAUAGCCGCGAGUUCUUCCAGCGCCUCGAAGACUUGGAAAAGAGCUUCAUCACUGGUCUUACGGAAGGCGCCAACAGCGAGAUUGAGAGCUUUACACAGGCCUCGGAAUCGGCGAUGGCAGACACGGAUCCGCAGAAGGCCAAGUACCUCAACAACCGCGAGGAGAUGAACCAAGCCCUCACGAACUUCACGGAUGCCCAUAACAGCCUCAUCCAAAACAAAGAUGACUAUAUGAAUAACCAGAUGAACUCGUGGAAUCGCAGCUUCUUUGAAAACCACAGGGCCAGGCAGUACAACCGCAACCGCCAGCGGGUCAUGGACAUCCGCAAAGUCAUCGAGGAAUGUCGCAGUGAAAUCCAAGCGGCCAGCGAGGACGGAAACGAGUACGACGAGGGCGACCUAGGUGCCGACCCCUACAGCCGCUGAGCCUUUCAAGGCCCUUGCAUGUCUCGUCUCACGAACUGAACCCGGAAGCGAAACCGGGGAGCAAAA